UUAAUAUUCCAAUUUUUAAAGAAACUUUAUUUUGGAUUUUAAUAGCGAUAGCUCGUAAUUCCUUCAAUUAAUUGAUUUGCUUUAGUAUCCCUCAUUGUGCAAUGAGUUUUUUACUUAUGAUACACAAGUUUCACUUUAACUUUUUUCAAAGAUAUUGCAAUUUAUUGAGAUUCAUUUGUGACAGACUAUACCAGUGAAUGUGUCCAAAUGUCAAGCUCGAAUGUUUGUUGCUUUCCAGUUGUAUAAAAAAGCAUUUUCCUUUUUAAAAAAAAUUUCAAAGAAAUUUCAUCAUCAGACAGUGAUAAGCAGAGUAAAUGUAAAACACUGUUUUCAAAUUGUGAUUUUAGGUUAUCUUUACCAGAAAAUCAUAAAGGAGAGUGUCUGACUACAGUUCAUGGUUCAACCAGGAAAUCAACCUGCAAAUGAUAAAAAAAAAAAAAAAACAAAAAAACAAAGAGAGGUUUUGUUGUGGCUCAGUCAAAGUAAGAAUCAAUUUCUAAUUGUGGUUUUCUGGCAUGAUACUAAACAGGAUAUUUAUGUGGAAAUAAACUUCAUAGGUGACCUAAGUUGUGCAAUUUUACAAAGAGGACUGGGCAAAAUAUCCUUCAAAUAGAUGUAAAAAAUCUCAAAUCUUUGAUACUUGGUGCCAGUCAGGAUUUCCCAAUGACAUGGUUCAUAUUAUCACUGACUGUUGAAACAUUGCAUUAAUGCCCAUGCAGCAUGGAUUCUUAGUUGUCAUAUAAAACCAAGAUCCCAGGGGAGCACGUUUUUACGCAUUGUAGUUCACACACUGAUGCAGCAUAAGACUAGUUGUUCACUCUGCCGAAAUGAUUGGAAUUAGAAAGAUUAAGACAUUUUCAAAUUCGAGGCUAUGCCUCGAUUUUGAUAAAAGUGGCAAUAAAAGUACAACUUAUGUACAUCUCUCAUUUAAAGUAUAAGCAGGUUUUCCCUGUAAGUCAGCCAGAGUAGAGGAGAGUAAGUAACUACAGAGUUGAAUAAAAGGCAUCUACUUCAAGCUGCUGAUUGGCUUUGUUUACUAUUAUCUCUCUUUGUUGAGGUCUACAGCACGAGGUCUAGAAUCGUUUUUUUUGUUUGUUUUUUUUUCUGCAAAAAGAGGAAUAUUAGAACAGGAAUAGGAAGUAUGAAGAGGACAGAAGAGAGAAAAAAAAAACAACAAAUCCUCAUCUCAAAGCGUCACAACUGCUCUCACUGUGAACCACAAAGUGGAAACUUUACCUCAGUGGAAACUGCUAGUGGAAAGAAAGAUGAGCGACUCACUGGAAAGGACGACAGACUGUCCAGUGUCGCCACUCGCAAGCGGGUCCAGUCUGACUGACGAGAAAGAGAAACCAGGAGGUGCAAGCGAGCUAUGUUGGCAAGAUGGAGGCCUGCCUGUGGAGCUACAGAGAGGGAUGGAAACCCUGAGGGUGAACAGAGAGCUGACCGAUGUGACCCUCUGUGUUCAAGGGCAGGACUUCCUCUGCCACAGGGCCAUUCUGGCUGCUGCCAGUCAGUACUUCAGGGCCAUGUUUUGCAGUGGCCUCAAGGAGAGUCAUGAGGAGCGUGUGGAGAUAAAAGGCUUGGACAGCGGGACCAUGCGCUCUCUCUUGGAGUACACCUACACCAGCCGAGCCCUCCUCACGCACUCAAAUGUCCAGAGAAUACUUGAGGCAGCCAGCCAGUUUCAGUUCCUCCGUGUGGUAGAUGCAUGUGCAAGCUUUCUGAGCAACUCUAUUCAUCUGGAGACCUGCGUAGGGAUCCUAAAUCUGGCUGACAGCCACGUUCUGCCCACCCUGAGGACCAGGGCUCAGGACUUCAUCACCUCUCAGUUUUCUCAGGUAGUGCAGCAACAGGACUUCUUAGAGCUGCCUGCAGAGUCUCUGGAGGCCAUCCUGCAGAGGGAUGACCUCAGUGUGAAGUGUGAGGAGUGUGUCUUUGAAGCUCUGAUGCGCUGGGUGAGAGCCCAGCAAGAUGAACGCUAUCCAUUACUGGCCAGCUUGCUGUCACAUGUGCGGUUGCCAUUGUUGGAGCCGGCGUACUUUGUGGAAAAGGUGGAGUCAGAUGAGCUGAUACGUCGCUGCGCUGAGGCUUUCUAUUUGCUGCAAGAGGCUCGCAUGUAUCAUCUUUCUGGUAGAGAGGUGGUCUCAGAGCGAACCAAACCACGAGUGCAGCACUUUCUGUCAGAGGUUUUUCUGAUCAUUGGAGGAUGCACUAAGGACGAACGCUUUAUUCCCACUGUCACCUGCUUGGAUCCUCUAAGACGCAGCCGACUGGAGGUGGCCCGGUUGCCAAUGACAGAAAUGGAAGAUGAGACCCAAAUCAGGAAGUGGGUGGAGUUUUCUUGCAUCACUUUCCACAAUGAAGUUUACAUAUCAGGUGGUAAAGAGACCCAACACGAUGUUUGGAAAUAUAACGGCGCCCUGGACAAGUGGAUCCAAAUUGAGUCAAUGUCGAACGGACGCUGGAGACACAAGAUGGCAGUUCAUGGCGGAAAAGUGUACUCUCUGGGUGGAUUUGAUGGGAUUCAGAGGCUUGCUAGUGUGGAAGCCUAUGAUCCUUUUCACAAUCGCUGGACACAGGUGACACCUCUUGCAGUGGGUGUCAGCUCCUUUGCUGCAGCAAGCUUUGACAGAUGGAUUUAUGUGAUUGGUGGUGGUCCUAAUGGAAAACUAGCCACAGAUAAAGUUCAGUGCUGGGAACCAGGAACAGACAGCUGGGAACUGCGGGCACCCAUCCCUAUAGAAACCAAAUGCACCAAUGCUGUUACAUUCAAGAACUGCAUCUACGUCGUUGGUAAGUUUGAAGUAUCUAAAAAUAAACAGUUAGAUGUUACUUGAGAUGCAAAAAAAGAU